AUGGCGGAUAAGAACUCCACAAGGAUCACAGAGUUCAUCUUCAUCGGUUUAAAGUGCCACCCUCAGCUCCAGGUCUUCCUGUUCUUGCUCUUUCUCCUCUUCUACCUCAUUACGAUGACAGGAAACUUGGGCAUGAUCCUCCUCAUCCGGAUCGAUUCCCACCUCCACACGCCCAUGUACUUCUUCCUCAGCCACCUGUCCUUCGUGGACGUCUGCUUCUCCUCGGUGGUGGGCCCCAAGAUGCUCACCGACUUCUUUGCUGAAAGAAAAGCCAUCUCUUUCCUGGGGUGUGCCUUACAGCAGUGGUUCUUUGGGUUCUUUGUGGCCAUCGAGUGCCUUCUCCUAGCGUCCAUGGCCUACGACCGCUAUGUCGCCAUCUGUAACCCAUUGCUGUACUCAGUGGCGAUGUCCCACAGACUCUGUGUUCAGCUGGUGGCUGGACCCUAUGCUGCUGGCUUUCUCAAUACCAUGACUCACACAACAGCUGCUUUCCGACUUCCUUUUUGCCGCUCCAAUAUUAUCAAUCACUUCUUUUGUGACAUGUCUCCCUUACUUUCUCUUGUAUGUGCCGACAUCCGGAUCAACAAAUUACUGGUUUUCAUUGUGGCUGGAGCUGUGCUCAUUGUCAGUAGCCUAACCAUCAUAAUCUCCUACUUCUAUAUCCUCAUUGCCAUCCUGAGGAUCCGCUCCGCUGCAGGAAGACGUAAAGCUUUUUCCACCUGCUCGUCACACCUCACAGCGGUUUCCAUCCUGUAUGGGACUCUUUUUUUUAUCUAUGUGCGACCAAGUGCAAUUUCUUCUCUGGACCUCAAUAAAGUGGUGUCUGUGUUCUACACAGCGGUGAUUCCCAUGUUGAAUCCUCUCAUCUACAGCUUAAGAAAUAAAGAAGUGAAGGCUGCCAUGGGUAGGACAAUCACCAGGAGCAAAUUUUUCAUCAAAAGUUAG